AGUACUGAGACAGGAAGUGGUGUUUGUAUGUUUAUAACAUAUAGUCUGUCUUUAUCACACAACACAGCAGCUAGUGUCUUCUUCAGGAACAAUGCAGCUCAACAGAGCUUUUGCAUUUCUUUGCCUGGUGAUUUCAGUGGAUGCGCAGAGGAGUCACAGAAUGACCUGCUAUCUGGAUGUUUUAACACACCGCACACAUGAAGGGCCGUGCUCUCACAUCAUCCUCCCCUUGACCUCCACUGAUGGUGACCUUUACCUCCAAAGCCUGUCGGAAGAUGACAGCGUUACUCUUAGAAGCAUGAAGGAGAGAAAUCCAGCUUUGAAGAUUUUGCUUGGUUUGGAAGUCAGAUCAUCAAGGUUGGAGCUGAUGUCUGCUAAUGAAGCGAGCAUUGAGAAUUUUGUUCAAACACUAUUGAAAUACUUAAAAGACAAGAGUUUAGACGGCCUAGACGUGACCUGGCUGGAUGGCCCUACUUUUGACGAAUCUAGUAGAAACACAGAGCUACUCACAAAUUUUCUGAAGAUACUAAAAGGCGCAUUUAAAAAAGAAGCACAGCCUCUACUUCUGUCAGUGUCUGUACUAGGGCCUGUUGACCACAGUGAUGAUGAGCAGACACUUUCACAGUAUGUGGACUUCAUCUCCAUUUUGCCUGCUCAGCUCAAAAAGGAUGGACCAUACAUGCACUGGCAGGACCAGCAUGUUGACCUACAAAAGUUCAGUCUAGCUAUGCCUGCUUUUCUACGCCGGUCACGACGAAGGCAUCACCACAGGGAUCAUUUCAAUCAUGAGGACAUGAAUACAGAGACAGGAAAGAAGGAUCACAUCCACGUUUUGGGCUUCUACCUGGGCGAUCGGGUGUGUCAGGCCAUUAAAAGUCGACCAGAGAAGUUCAUUACUUUAACAAGUUUCUCAGAUGAGCAAAGUCUUGUUGCAGAGGUGCUCCAGAAAGGCUUUGGUGGCAUAACGGUUGUCUUCAUAGAUUUGGACGUCUUCUAUAACUCCAUAUGUGCGCAUCUUACUCAGGAUGAACGAGCAAUUGUUGAAUCAAAGGUGGUUCUGCAUUCACAUCAUGUACACAGACGUCAGGAGCAUGGUGGUCAUCAUCACAGCAGGAACCAUCACCACAGCCGCCACCACCAUCAUCACUCUCUUCUUACUUAUGGCAGCCAUGGUCAUCAUCACCAUGGUCGCCAUCAUCACCAUCACCACCACCACCAUCUUCAAAUAAUUCCUCAAAGAAACAUAACCGUGGAAGAACGGGAUGAUGUGAAGUGAUUAAUAUGUAAUACAAAAAAAUUCUUCUGAUAAAUGAUAAUGAGCGACGUCGUAAAACUUUGGUGUUUUAAGCUUGCCGAUUCCCUAUGUAUGUAUGUAUAUAUAUAUGUAUAUAUAUAUGUAUAUAUAUAUAUAUAUAUACACACACACACACACACACACACACACACACACACACACACACACACACACGCACACACACACACACACACACACACACACACACACACACACACACACACACACACACAUAUAUAUAUAUAUAUAUAACAUCAUACAUUUUCCACACAAAGGUCUUAUUAGUUUAGUAAAUCUGAAUGUUGUUUCUUUGAUUCCUAUUUUUGUCUUAUAAUAAUUGUGGAAGUAAUGUUAAAAAUUAUGGUAAAUGAUACAUAAUUUACCAUUUAAAUGCAUAUAUAUAUAUAUAUAUAUAUAUAUAUAUAUAUAUAUAUAUAUAUAUAUAUAAAUUGAUAGCCUGAAUGCACUGUAAGUCGCUUUGGAUAAAAACGUUAUAUCAUAUUUUUUCAUUACAGUAACAAGCAUUAGACUUUCACAUUAUUGCACUGGCAAUGGCAUUGCAAAUUACAUUUUUUGUAAUUGUAAUACUGCAAUGAGAAUAAUAUUUUUUUUUCUGCAUUAUAGUACUGAGAAUUAGAUUUCUUUGCUUUACAAUAAUUUUGACUAAUUUUGUUAUGAGAUGAGGUUUAUGUUUUGCAUCAAGCUUUCACAUUUUUACUAAUUACUUGUUAUGCGAACUUCACAAAUCAUAUGAUUUUUUUUCAGUAUUAAAACAAGCUUAUUGUGUUUCAGAUCAGAUCGAUGCAGCAUUAUGAAAUAAAAUGUGGCCUAAAAGUC